UGGUCACACUGCGAUUUUCAUUUUCCAACACUAGACCGUAAAUAUUUACACAUUUUAUCUUUGUUUCGUGAAAUUUAAAAGUUGUCAAGUCAAAGCCUGCUUUCUCACUUAAAAAAUCAAAUCUAAAAACUUGAAACUUAAACUUUAAGUAAAGUACAACAACAACAACAACAAGACCAAGAAGCCAUCCUGAAACUGACCAAAGGAUUCCAGCCGGAGAUGAGUAACUACAGGUAUCAAGGAGGAGGCGGUAGCGGCGUCGUGAUAGGAAGCCGUGGCUAUAGCGGAAUAGAACUGCACGAGAUGCAUCCUCUCCAUAACUUCACAUACGUGAGCGUCUGUGUCAAGUACAUGAUCUUCCUGCUGAACUUCAUCUUCUGGCUCUUCGGCGGAUUACUCCUGGGUAUCGGCGUGUAUGCGUUUAAGGACAAGUGGGAGGAAGCCAACGGCUGGGUACGUUUGGAGACCAUCUAUGAUGUCAUCUUUAACAUUUCCCUGGUGAUGAUUAUAACCGGAAUCGUCAUCUUCGUGGUGAGCCUGUCCGGCUGUUUGGGUGCACUGAGGGAGAACACCUGACUAUUAAAGUUUUACUCAUUCUGUUUGCUGCUCUUCUUCCUCAUGGAAAUGGCCAUCGCCAUCAUCUGCUUUGUGUUUCCGCAAUACAUGAACACCUUCCUGGAGAAAAAGUUUGCCGACAAGAUCAUCCACUCGUAUCGUGACGAUCCAGAUUUGCAGAACUUUAUCGACUUUGCCCAACAGGAGUUCAAGUGCUGCGGCCUGAGCAAUGCUGGCUACCAAGACUGGAGCAAGAAUGAGUAUUUCAACUGCUCGUCGCCGUCGGUGGAGAAGUGCGGUGUGCCCUACAGUUGCUGCAUCAAUGCCACCGACAUCUCAUCGGGCCUGGUGAACAUCAUGUGUGGCUAUGGCGUCCAGGAGGCACCCGUUCCGGAGGCAAGGAAACGCAUCUGGACCAGUGGCUGCAUUGAGAUUGUACGCGUCUGGGCCGAAAGAAAUCUGUACUUAAUUGCCGCUGUUGCUCUGGGAAUCGCCCUCGUCCAGCUGCUGGUCAUUUACUUGGCCAAGACCCUGGAGGGCCAGAUUGAGCUCCAAAAACUGCGGUGGUCGGCGUGAGAUCCGAGCCAGGCCGAAUUCUUUGGGCCAUACGAUCGAACCUGAUAGAUUCUCAUUAAGAAUCUCUAGAUGCUCACUUGACAGAAGACUGUCUUGAAUUACUUACACCUUUAUAAAGCUUUUCACUUAAUCAUUGUUCUUUUUAAGAAAGUGAGCAUCUUAAAUACUUUUUUCAAAACUUUGCUUGUUUUGUUAUUAAUAAGUCUUAGUUAUUAUGUUGUAUAAGAUUUUUGUUUCAAGAUUACCAAUAUUUAUAUAAACGCACAUACAUAGACAUGCUCAUCUGACUGCCAAAAUAAUAUAUUUGGCUAGCUGCAAAUAUCUUAUAAACCUCUAAAUGUUAUAUACUCUAUACAUAUUAUAUAUACAAUGUAUCAAAUAGGGCAUAUACUCAGACAGUGUAUCAUGAAUCUGACUGCCUUCAGUCCAAUGGUCCAAGUCCUGGUCCAAGAACCAGAUUUCAAAAUUCGUUUAGCGGAUUUGAAGCAUUUAUUUAGGCAUUUCUAGUGAAGGAUGUAGAAAUACAAGAGAAUGAAUAACCACAAAUUUUAAAUAUUAUUGAAUGUAUCUUGAGAACCCAACAAAUAUUUAGAUUUUGUAAUAAAAAAUAAAA